AUGGAGCCCUAUAUAUAAUGAACACCAUGUGCCCUGUGUCUUUCACAUCUGAAGAAAUGUAGUUUGCUACCUUUUCACCAAAUGUAAGAGUAAAACCAGUAAAACGUACAGCUCAAGAUCGGGUGUCGAAAGUCAACCCUGUGAGAAAAAUCCACUACAAUCCAACUUGAUGCGUGCAUGGUGUCUGUGUUGAAUUCCGAAUCUGAAUAAGAAGAACAGAACUACACAACAUUUAAUAUUGCACAAAUACCUGGCCACUGUCAGACAUUUCGACAAGAUGAAUCUGCGAUUGUCGCGUCGACUGUUGUUCUGCCUACGCAUGCAUAAGUUGCCCAAAGCCUGCUUUGACGUUCGACAAACUCCAUUUCUUUGUGCUGUUACAAACGAGACUUCACUGGUUCGCCUCUACGCCAAGGGAGCAAAUCGUCCAAAGCACUCCUCUAAAGAGGGCAAACCGAAGGUUGAUCUCACAGAUGAGGAGCUCAUGGAAGUGGUUCGUAUUCACCACUUUCGAGGGGACCUACAAAAGGCGCUGCGAAGACUGCAGGAUACCUAUGCAAAACACCUGUCACUACAAGCUGCAGCUGGAAGCUUAGAUACUAUUAAGGUAACUGUCGGAGGACAAGAAUAUACACUGACUGAAACAGCUCAGAUUUCGAAGAAGAACCCGCAGCUAAUCGUUUUAAACAUGGCUGGCUUCCCUGAUGCUAUAAAGCCAGUGCUGAUGGCAAUACAAGAGUCUGGGUUAAACAUCUCAACACAGCAAGAUGGUACAACAGUAUACCUCCAUUUGCCAAAGAUGACGAAAGAACAUAGAGAGAAUUUGAGCAAAAAUGCAAAAGCACUGUUCACUAAAACAAAAGAAGAGGUACUCGCUAGUGAACGCAAGUACGCCAAGGAAAUUCAAAAGAACAAGCAAGGAGUUUCCGAAGAUACGGUCUAUAACGCAACUCUACAGGUCAAAGCAGAAGCCGAGAACACUAUCUCUCAAGCCGAAACGAUGAUGAAGACAAAGCAAAAAGAGUUGCUCGGAGAAAAGUAGACAUACUUUAUAUGAAUUGAAUGAAGCAGUGAGGGUGCAUGCAACAACACUGCCUUGGUAGAGAAAACGUAGGGGCAAAGCCAAAGGUCUUGGAUGCUGGGAUGUGUUCUUCUCGCUCUUGUGAACAACAUUUCCGUGGAUCACAACGCAGGAUCCUAGAAAGCACAUUACGUCUUUAAAGCCCACAUAGCUUGGAGCUAUUGUAUAAAUGUUCUUGCGGAACAUGUAAAAUAAAAGCUGAAAACUUUUGGGCACA